CCCUUUUAACUGUUUUUUUUUAAACCAUUUUUUGAUUAUUUUUCCCCAUUGCUGCUUAUCUGUGUAAAAUACAUUUCGUCAUUAAGGAAUCCCUGGCACAAUGAGUUCUGAGAAAAACGCAACCACGCCAACCCCCGUGCUGUGCGAGAACAACUGCGGGUUUUACGGGAACCCCGCGAACAACAACUUGUGCUCAAAGUGCUACCGAGAGUUCCAAGAAAAGAAAAAAAAAGAAAUAUCGGACGUGGAGAAGAUGAACGAAAAGAACAUCUCAGAAAAUUUGCAUAAUUACAAAAAAAUAAAUAGCCUAAUGGAGCCGAGUUACAUAAGCGAUAAGCAGAUGGAAGCGGAGAAGCCAACCUUUAUGCAAAAUGAAAAGCCCCUACCGGAAGAGCAGCAGCCCGCCUCCACCAACAUAAACAUAAACAGCGUCGAAACGGACAACAGCGAAAAUAAUGGUAGCAAUCAGAACGAGAGUGGAAGUAGCUCCAACAAUGCUGCUCCCGAGGGGACAAACGAACAGAGCACCAGUACCAAUGUCAACGAAGCCGAGGAUAAGAAAAAAUGCUUCUUCUGUUGCAAGCGUAUAGGACUUCUAGGAAUUAAAUGCAGAUGCAACCACUACUUCUGCUCUCUCCACAGAUAUGCUGAUGCGCAUAACUGCACCUUUGAUUAUAAGAACUACCACAAGCAGCAGUUGAUAAAGAAUAACGUCAAGGUUGUUGCAGACAAGGUGAAGAAAAUAUGA